AUGUCAAGUCUAUUGAUAAUCCCAACCAUCCGGUGGUCACAAACGCGUCAAAGAUAUUGAACGCCGACGCGGGUAUAGGCAUUGCAUUGUCUGUAUUGGCUCCGAGUAUUGCCAGAUUUUUUAAGCUAGAGCCAUUUGAUAUAAAAGCGGCUGGCUAUUUUGAUCAACUAACCAAGCAAAUAUUAAGUGAAAGAAAGAGCAACAAUAAAUAUGUUAACACUGAUAAAUCUAAACGGCGCACAGAUUUCAUACAAUUAAUGAUAGACUCAGAAAAGUCGGACAAAGAGUCGGGUUAUUAUUCCGGUAGUGAACCGGAAGUGGACGACGAGUCCAUCGGUGGACAGUUGCCAAAGAAAGUUGUGGGAACCCUAACACCAGAUGAGAUGGUAGCUCAGGGUUUGCUGUUUUUCAUCGCCGGUUACGACACUACCAGCGCCGCCAUAACACACGCCAUAUACUACUUGUCUGAACACAAAGACUGUCAGCAAAUACUAUACGAAGAGUUGCGAACUUGCAAUGAGUUUACGUACGAAAAGUUAUCGCAAUUGAAAUACUUGAACGCAGUUCUCAGUGAAACACUACGUCUCGCGCCUUCACUAACACGUGUUCAACGGGAAUGCCUUCAGGACUAUAAACUCGGAAAUACCGGUAUUACAAUCCCAAAAGGGGCAACAAUUGAGAUCUUGCCGUACGCUUUGCACAGACAGGCAGACCUGUGGCCUAACCCUAACGACUUCAUACCCGACCGUUUCCUAAACCCAGUACACCAUCCGUACGCUUACAUACCCUUUGGUGGCGGACCCAGACUUUGUAUUGGCCAGAGGUUUGCCCAGCAAGAGAUGCGAAUGUGUUUGGCCAAGCUC